UCUCUCUCUCUCUCUUUGAUUUUGGGGGCUGCCCCCAUUUCCCCCUUCGCUGAUAGUUGGGAAGGCAUUAAAAAUCUGGUGGAUGGAUAGCUAUGCUAAAAGGCUGGGAAGGACCUUAUUGGUUUUUGUGCAUCAUGCUACUUACCUAUGGACCUGCACUAAUGGGAAGACGUCAGUGAAUCUUGUGUGAAUUUUAUGUUAACAGUGUAGAUCCUCUGGCCUUUGUGCCUUGUUAGGUCUAGGAAUCUGUUUUCCUUAAGCCAUGGUCACCUUCCUCACACUUAAUGUCAUAUAGGCUGUCAGAUGUGGCACAGGCAAAGUUGUCAUUGCAAAGGAAAAUAUUGAGAUGCUUUAAGUGAGCAUUGGAUUGUUCCUUGGGAAGAGAAGCUUGUAUUCAGCAUCUUUCCUGCAUGGCUGAAUUUUUAUUUUGUGGGCUGGUUUUAAUUCAGGCCAUUGUGUGAAGGAAGUUAUCUCACCUGACAUUAUGGCCCUGCCCUCCUGGCAGAGUGGCCAUUGCCUGGAUCCCUAUCUCUGCUUUAUGUGAAUGAGAAAACAUGGCAACUACCAUCAUGCUUAAUUUAAUCCUAAAAGUCGUUACGGAGAUUUUUGAAAUAUACAGCUUUCUUCGUUCAAUCUCUAUAUUCACAAAAUCAUAGAAUUAUUAGAGUUGGAAGGGACCACAAUUCCUUUUGCCUCAAGGGGCUGUUGGCUUGUCAUGUGAAAGGAAGACAUAUAGUGCAAUUUUAAAUGUGUUUACUGUACUCAAAAUUGAGGCCCUGUGGUUUCAUUGCCACUCACUUCCUGUUAUGUCUCUUCUUGUGAAAGGGAAAUUGUGAUUACUUAAACAUUACAGUAUUGUCUUUAGAUGUGUGAGUUUCACCAGAAACCAGGGUAUUUUCCUGAUGUUUUCAACCUUAUACCAAGCACCUCAUGUGAAAGUUUUUAAAGAUGCAAGAGUUACGUCAGCAGUAGGGAUCACCCAGUAGGAUGUGAUUUUAAACUAUGAUGGCACUUUCCAUGGGACCACUGCAUUUCUGCAAACCUGGAUGCGGUUUUAAACUAUAAUGGCAUUUUUCAUGGGACCACUACAUUUCUACAAAUUUGUGUACAUCGGUGCUCUGAUUUCUGCUGUGUGCAAUUUAAUUGAAACAUCUGCUGAACUCAAGUUGGAAAUGAAGGCAGAGGAUUUUGAGUACAUUUUAACAUGGGAAGCUGGAAAUAAUACAGGGACAGCCACAUGCUACAAUGUGAUGUAUAAAGAGAGAAGCUCAGUUUGUCCUUGGCUAUCAAAAUCAGCGGGAAGAAACCAGGUGCACGAUUCUUCUUUCAGUAAGUCCAAGUCCCAGCAAAAUGAGGCUCCAGUAUCUGGGGAACUGGCCGUUUGUCCAGCUGGUGCAUGGUCCAAAAGAGGCACAGACCGUUAUCCCAGACCGAAUAUGAAGAUUGUCGCAGAGUGUUCCAAUAUCACACGUUCAUUCUGUAACUUGACAAAAGAGUUUACAGAUCCCUGCAAGGCAUACAUAAUUGUAGUGGAUCAGGUCACAGAAAGUGGAGUACAUUAUUCAGCUAUUCAGUUCAGUCCAUAUGCUGACACCUGCCUAACACCACCCCAGUUCGAGAUUUCUGCUUGUCCAAGCUGCGCAAAUGUGACAGUGAAACUUUCAGCUUUGUUACUUCAUGUAUACCAAGAGCUUGAUUACACGGUCACAUUGAUAAGAGACAAUGUCAAGGAAAAGCGUGUUGUCAAUACAACCAGACAAGAGAGUUUCCACACUGUCAUUGGAGAUUUGAGUUUCAAUACAAAUUAUUGUAUUGCUGUUGAUGUGAAAACAAGUCUAAAUAAUCAGUGCGCUCCAUCUGUCCCCAAAUGCCUUAUCCUCAGCUCCAAUAAUAUAUCAGGUCAUAUUAUAUUACCAGCGUUAUUUGGCAUAUUAAUGUCGUUGGCAGUAGUACUCAUUCCAUUUGUCCUGUAUAAAACGGGUUUUAUUUGCUUAAGAUGGAGGAAAUGGCCAAGCGUCUUGAGCAUCAUGCCAAAAUUAGACUAUUCCCUUUUUAAAUCAGAACCAGAAGAAGUGCACACCGUUCAGGUCAGCCAAGAAAGUAAAAAAAAAGUAUGUGGCUACAAUUCCGAUGAAGAAGACAGUGAAAGCGUUGCUGGAAAUGAUGAUUUAUAUACUGCACGUGGUUUUUUGGGGCAGACUUCAAAGUCCUGCUCGCAGGAGGACAGUGCAGAGCCACCGUCCCUAGACUGCUCAUCCACUACAAGUAAAAUAGCUGACCCCCAGGAUGAUGAAACAGAAAAGCUUCUGCUCAUCGGCUGCUCAUCUGCUACAAGUGAAAUGCCUAGACCUGUAGAUGCUGAAGCAGAAAACCUUCAGAAUGAUAUUAGCAAAGAAGAAAGCCCAACAAUUCAAAUAUUUCAUCCUUCUCCUGAAGUGGACUCCGCUAAUGAGCCAGACCUGGAGUGCAGCAGCUGUUCCAACGUAAACUUAAAUACUGUGGUGCUAGGAAUAUCUGGCAAAAAUGUGAAUGCUUCUGCAACAUUAAGCCCUUUCGAAGAGGAUGCAUCAGACUCGAAAGAGUUGUGUGUUUCUGAUGCAUUUGAACUGAAACAUUUCACUGAUGCGCUAGAAAUGCAGAACUCUGACAUUCAUAACCUCUCUUGUUCCUGGCAAAAUUCUAAUGGGUCUGGAGAAAGUGAGUCAUCGGAUUCAGAAACGGACUGUGUUGGUGAAUACAUGAGCAGAUGAAUCAAAGAUGAAUCAAUGAAUGCUCAAGGUAGCAUUUUUCAGCUUCCAGUAAAACAAUGUAUUCCCAUGUCAUGGGACUGGGUGGGAUCUGCUGUCUAAUGCUAUCAGUAUUGUACAAGUACAUAUGAAAAUUAAGCGCUGUUCUGAAUUUCUGUAGCAUUAAUAUGGCAUGCUCUUCAGUGGUUUUUGGCAAGCCCAUGAACUAAUUGUCUUCCAAAAUAACAGAGACCUUGCCUGUCUUGAGAAUGAAUUUCUCUUGUUACAAUGAUCAACCAUUGCACUUGAUCAUCAAGUGUUCUUAGGCAUGAUACAACACUUUGCUGGUAAUUGUUCCAGAAUGGUUCUCCUGUUUUCCUGCCAGUGACCUUUUAGACCCCCAAGGUUCAUAGCCCUUUAUCUAUACCUCAGUUUAUUUUGUGAACCGGAAUGUUUACUGCCAUCACAUUUAAUAUCUGUCAACUCACACUUGGACAUGCACUUCAGUUGCCCUUUUUCACUGGUCCUAUUUGUACCCGUCUGUUUUUCUUUAUGAGGAUGAAGUAACUCUCACCCUUCCUUAUAUUAUUGGCAAGCUUUAAACCGGUUUUGUGUGAUCCUUUGCUUGACAAGGGCUCCAGCGAUGUGGUUAGAAAGGAGGCAAAAAGGUAUACUAUUGUCCUUGAACUCUUCCUGCCUGUCGUAGUGGAAUAAUCUUUUAUCAGUUUCUCAUUCAAGAGAAUCUGAUUGUAGCAAUGGUCUGGAAUGGAUGUUGCCAUCUUCAUAACACCCUUGAGUUGCAAGAAGUUUAAAACCAUUUAAUGUGAAGACAUUUCCCUCACCAUUUCUGUAAUCAAGACUACGGCCUUCUUCGUACUGUGCAAGAUCAUCAUGUUGAACACAGAAAUAACAGCUGGUGGAUGAUGAAUGUACUGGGCCCCUGCUAUAACCUUGUUGGGUCUAAAAAGCUUGUUGCAGCUACUCUGUGCAGGGGGAGAGGGAUUUUGAGCAGAGAUGUGUUUAGUCACCAUUUGUCCGCUCCACAUUGUCCCUGAAGUGGGCAGGAGCCACUGGCCUUAUUUCUGGUCAGGCAACUUCUGUAUAGCUUAGUGGUGGGCUCUCGAAUGCGAGCCUUUAGUGUGAUCAACCCAGUCCUACUCUGCCAAGAGAGAUUCAGUGAGUGCCUUCUGUGCCAACUUUUAAACGCCUGUUGAAAAUGUUUCUAUUCCACCUGGCCUGUGCAGGCAAUUGAAGAGUAUAUCCCCCACAAUGCUGUACUGACGGUUGUUUUUAAUUAUUUUUGCCUUAACUUGGUUUUAACUUUUUAUUGUUUUACUGUAUGGUUUUUUUAUAUUGUUGUAAACUGCUGUGAUUUUUUUAAUAAUACAGUGGUAUAUAAAUCAUUUUUAUAAAUAAAUAAGGCAAGAAGGCAUGGAGUGAAUAGCCAUGCCAUACACAGUUAGAGCAAAACAAAUGUAACUUUUGCUCAAGGGAUUUGUAUAGCAGCUCUCUAAACAGUUACUGUAAAGAUGUUCCAUGCAGAGGCACAGGAAGGGCUUAUUUUAAAACAGCUUGAACAUUAACUAUUACAGGAAAUGAAAACAACAUGGGGAAAAGCAUCCAGCUAAACCUGGCCUAAACUAUGCCAGUGUUUGGCAACUUCUGUUCCUGGAGUCUGGAUGCAUAGCAGCCUGUUAGCAUUUUUCUUUAUUUUAGCAUUCUUUGCAAGCUUUAUUUGCACGCGUUAUUUUAAAUGUACCCUCCCAACAUUUUGGGCAGUCAGAAAGGCAGGAGACUUCUUUUUCGCUUUCUCUUUUGUGUAAUUUCUUGGGACUUCUCCUACAAUAGUGUUUAGGUUUUAUUUUCCUCUUAGAUGUCAGGUUCUUGGACUGAACAGUGGACUUUUCUGUGAUCUUCUGAUCCUCCUUGUCAGAACAAACUAAAACUCUUUGACAACCCCAAACAGGACACAAAAUGGUUUAAACAGUUUCAUUCCUUCGCAGCAGGAAAGAGGAACACCCUUCCUUGCAAUGUUCUGUGUGAUUUCUGAGCAUUCUGAGAACAAUUGCCUGCUUCAUGGGAGCAGACCUGCUGUCCAGUACUUGAAAGAGCAGGUUGAAGGUCUUGCCAUAACUGGACUAAGGAAAAAUAAUGCCAGAAUAUUUUCUUACCCAGCGGAAGUUCUUGCAGUUACCUCAGUAUUAUAUGUAUUUUCUCUGUACCUAUUUUAAAGGAUUAAUAAUUUUGUAUGUCUUGAAGUAUCAUAACUGUACUCACUUUGCACAUAAGUUUUACUAAAGUAAUCUGAAAUUA